GGUUAAAAAAAGUUAUACUUUGAAUUUAUUGGAGAAAAUAAUUUCCCAACUAUCAAACAAAUGUUCUGCCUUUUCGAUUUUGGCCAUAGAAGUCCAGCAAAAGGGACUUGAGGCUGCAACAUCAUGGUUGCCACAACCAGACUUUACAUAAGAGCGGUGUUCACAGGCUACAAGCGUGGCCUGCGCAACCAGCAUGAGAACACAGCGCUGCUGAGAAUCGAGGGCGUGGAGAACCGCAAAGAUGCUGACUGGUAUCUGGGCAAGAAAUGUGCGUACGUCUACAAGGCCAAGAACAAGAAGAGGCCAGCUGGCUACACCAAAGCCACCAAGACGCGCAUCAUCUGGGGCAAAGUGACCCGACCCCAUGGCAAGAGUGGCGCCGUCAGGGCCCACUUCAAGGCCAAUCUCCCCCCACAGGCCAUGGGCAAAAGGAUCCGAGUGAUGAUGUACCCCUCUCGUAUUUGAGAUGUGUUGGUCACUGGAUGAGCCCUGUUGUUCCAGAGUACAAGAUGAAGUUGUUAAGGUUGUUAAUAAAAUAAAGAGGCAAGAAAAUAGAUAAGUAAAAA